AUGGCCAACGCCAAGAUGACGUAUCGCUUCCUCGGCGACUCGGGCCUCCUCGUUUCCAAGCUCGGACUCGGCUCAUGGAUGCAGGAGAGCGAGGAGCAGACACCCGAAGCCUGGUACAAAAUGAUGGAGACGGCGUUCCGGCACGGAGUCAACUUCUUCGACAACGCCGAGAUCUACGGCAGCGGCCAGGCGGAGGAGAACAUGGGAGCCGCCAUCAAGAAGGGCGUCGCUGACGGUGUCUGGAGCCGAGAGGAUUUAGUCAUCACCACCAAACUCUUCAACGGCCACAAGGGCUUCGGAAACUCUGGUCCGAACGAUCAAGGCCUGAGUCGCAAGCACAUUGUGGAGGGCAUGAAGUCGUCGCUCGCCCGCUUGCAGCUUGACUACGUCGACGUGGUCUUCUGCCACCGCCAGGAGCCAUACACGCCUAUCGAGGAGACGGUGAGAGCCAUGAACUAUCUCAUCGAACAAGGCUGGGCCUUCUACUGGGGGACCAGCGAAUGGCUCGCGUCCGAUAUCCAGGAGGCCUGUGACAUCGCCGACCGCCUCGGAUUGAUCCGCCCCAUUGUCGAGCAACCGCAGUACAACAUGUUCGUACGCAACAAGGUGGAGUUCGAGUUCGUGGACCUCUACAAGAACAGCGAUGUGCCUGCUGGCUCGCGCUUCACGACGCCGAUGUUCAAAGAGGGCCCCCUCCUCGAAGGAUUCACCGAGCGCGUGGCGAUAGCCGACAAACUCAAACCGAUCGCCGCGGAACUCGGCUGCACCCUUGCGCAGCUGGCCACCGCUUGGUGCGUUGCCAACGAGAACGUGUCAACUGUGCUGAUCGGCGCUAGUCGUCCUGAGCAACUGGAGGAAAACCUCAGGUCGCUGUAA